AUGGGUUCCUCCCCGCGUCCUCGGGCCAUGUCGCCCUCCGACAAGCGUGUGAUCGAUCCAAUGCGGGCGUCCACUGGCGCAAUGCAGCUCAGUGCAUCCUACAACGAGCCCUACGAUGCUUCUACCAGUCGUCAUGGACGCAGUAGCAGCCAGUCUACCGCCGAUAUUCCCUACUCAAAUUCCUAUGAUCCUCGAUUGAGCCGGUCCCGACUCGACCCCAUCUCCUCCACCUAUCGAAACCCAGACCAGUCAUCUACCAAAUUGCGGGCUGAAUAUCCAAUCCGACCCCGCCAACGAAGCAGCACCUCUGCUGCGGAUGGCCGUCAUCCUCCUCCGUUAAGAGUCACCGUGUCCCCGAACGUACCGAACAGAGCCUCUCCUAUCGUCACGCCGGGUUAUGGUCGUUCCUCCAGUCCUUGGACCGCAGAUCAUGGGUAUCUCGUCCCAGCAUCGCCCCGUCAUUCACAUCGUCGCCUGUACUAUACAAAUGAUGCUAGCCGGCUGGCUCGGCCGCGGAGAAGACAUGGAGAAUAUCAUGCUGAGCGCAGUAGUCGACCAAGAUACCCGACUGUGGAAAGCCUUCGCCAAGGGGACUUUGGCGACUGGGGUUCUUACUCCUACACCACCCAAGAACAGAUGGAAAAGGACCAGAUGGAUCGCCUGGACCGCGGUCGUGGGGCCUACCGCCACAGCCGCCCUCUAAGCCUGACCGGGGUGGAAGGUCACUAUGUCCCGUCAGGGUUAAAGCACGAAACUCGGGCUCACGGCCCCCCUCCGUCGCAGAGAGGGUUUGACAAGUUGGAAGGGCGGACCCGGCGUUCAACUUACGAUAGCGAUCGCGAGUCGACCGGACCACCGUCCUACAGGGCUCCAGUAGCCUUGCACCAGGAUUGGGACGAUGGCUACUACUCUUCUUACCGAGACAGUCAUUACGAUGACGGCCAUCAUGACGGCCGUCGCCACCGUCGCCGACGCCAUCGUCAUCACCAUCACGAUAGCCGCGAUGAUAACUACCGAUCAUCGAGGAGCCACAACCGCACUGACUCCGCUAGUGGAUCGGUGGCAGGAACUGGGGCCGGCCUGGGCACUGCGGUCCUGGCCAGCGGCUACGAAAGUGACUGGGCCGACUACCCUGACGGAUAUGACUACACUAGACAUCAUAGUCGAUCUAGGCGGCCAUCUAGACAGCACGAGACCGACGCGGAUCCCUAUACUUCUGAAGACGACCUCCGUGCAUACCAGCGCGAGCUAUCUGCUCGCCGUGAAUCACCGUCGGAUAAUGGUUCUCAACCCUUGACUAUCGAAGCAUCACGCUCGCGCAGGACUUCACGUUCGCAGACCCGUGUGCCAGAAGGCCACCACUCCAGCCGACACGUCUCGAGCAGCAGUCAGGAGGACUCCAAGAAGCCCACGGAGUCUGAGCCACAGAUCAAAGGCAUCUUAAAGCCCCCGCGGGAGAAAUUCCCGGAAGACCCGAACCCAGUGCGGCCGGGCGUGGCACCCCUGAAAGAGGAAGCCCACAAGAAGGGAAUUCCCCUGGACGCACGUUGGACCAGAGUUGACCGCCGGUUGGUCAACCCCGAGGCCCUGGAGGGGAAAGAGCGGUUCUCGAUCACGGACGAACAGCCCGACUGUGUGUUUGUGUUGCGGGUGUUGACGAAGGAGGAAAUCCAAGCGUAUGCCAUCAGGACACAUGAAAUUCGAUGUGAGCGAGCUCGGAAAUACCGAGAAUACCGCGAAGAACGACGGCGUAAGAAGGAGGAGCGUCGACGGUCGGGAGAGGAAGUGAGCGCGGAUAGCGAAGAUAGCGAGAAUAGCGACGAUAGCGACGAUGAGGAUGAGGACAAGGAACAACAUGCGCUGCCAUCGAGUCAGCAGAUCCAGGGUGAUUCAUGA